UCUGCUGCUGGCCACAGAGUCCCAUCUCCAUUCCAUUCCUCAGCAGACUCCAGCGACCGAGAUCGGAUCAGAGAGAGCGAUGGCGGCGGUGAUGGAGUCGUCGUCGGUGCCCGGCGUGGACGGCGGCGAGGGUGCGGAGGGGAGGGUGCGGAAGCCCUACACCAUCACCAAGUCGCGGGAGAGCUGGACCGACCCGGAGCACGACAAGUUCAUCGAGGCGCUCCUCCUGUUUGAUCGAGAUUGGAGAAAGAUCGAAGCGUUUGUUGGCUCCAAGACAGUGAUACAGAUCAGGAGCCAUGCACAGAAGUACUUUCUCAAGGUUCAAAAGAAUGGAACAGGUGAACAUCUGCCACCACCUAGGCCCAAGAGGAAGGCGGCACACCCGUACCCACAUAACAAAGCCUCGAAAAAGGCCCCUGAAGUCGACUUACCACAGCAACCCCCUCAUGUCGUGGAACAAGGGCGUGUUAUACCUAUGGAUGCACCUACUGUCGCUACAAACUCAAGUGCAAACGAGGACACAUUUCCUUCCUGGGACGAUGUUCUUACCCAACCUUAUAGCCCAAGACACACACAAGAUUUAGGCACCGCAAAUAACAGCUCGAGUAGCAUAGAGUGCCAAUCUGGAACUUGGCCAGCUUCUGAUGCGAUUGAGCAAGAAAUUUGGCCAACUUCCGAUGCGAUUGAGCAAGAGAUUGUACUUCCAGCACUGCAUGCCAUGCCAGACUUUGCUCAAGUAUACAACUUUCUUGGGGGCGUAUUUGAUCCAGAUACAACAGGACAUUUGCAGAAGUUGAGAGAGAUGGAUCCUAUAGAUGCUGAAACGGUACUACAACUGAUGAAAAAUCUAUCGGUAAACCUGUCUAGCCCGGACUUUGAGACACACCUGAGCAUACAGCACCCCUGACUGUUGCAGAGGAGGAUGCUCUCGUCGCACGGUGGCGGCAUGGGCCAAGCCAGGCACGAGAGCGUAGGAGAUCCGGGGUCUCUACUCAGACCCUUCGCGUUCCAUUCAUGUAAUCUCUAGUCACCCUCUUCGUGAGCACGGAUCCACGCUCACGACAUCGCUAAUUUCACUAAGCGCAUGGACCGCUCUGCAGGGUAAGGAGCAGAUGAGGAAAGCGUACGGUACAUCGUUACAUUGUUGUCAAAGGUGCGACAUGUUAAUGCAUCGCCGCCUAUGUUUGUACAUAUUUCUUGGAGAUGUUCUCGGGCUCUUAGGCCUGGGAACUUUUACCUAUCCGGCUUGUGGCAUGUAUAGUCAGGACAUGGUUGCGCAUGUUGUUUUGGAGAGGGGAGAGGGGAAAGUGUUUAUUACCCACGAAGGAAGACCGUUCUUGUGUGUAAUUCUUUGUUUCGAGAUGAUUUUUUUUUUGAGGGAUUGUUUCGAGAUGAUUUUGUUUGUAAGUCUAUUAUCUACAUCGUCAUGAGGACGGAUUUGGACUAUAUAUAUGUAGUGAACGCUUUU